CGUCAGAAAAUUCAAUCAGUCAAGAGCAGAGAGCCACAAAGUCACGUGCGGGCUGGGGGGAAAGACGGUAAGUUGCAACUGAAAUCCCCGAAAUUUACGAACGACGGGGAGCAGAGCAGAGCUGAGCUGAGCUGAGGAGAGAAGCAAAGCUCGCUCGGACACUGAUCUCUGAUCGACCAGACCAGACCACACCCCACCACCAGAGACGAAGAACCUCAGCCUCAGAGCGAUACGCGCGCGCGCACAGAGAAGAGAUGGGUGGGUGCGUGACGGACACGGUUCGAGAGCUCGCUUGCAGGGACAGCCGGGCGGCGACCCACCUCAAACUCAUCUCCAUCCUCGUCAUCUUCCUCACCAGCGUCGCUGGCAUCUCCUCCCCCGUCCUCCUCGCCCGCUUCUUCCACGGCAAGCCCGCCUACGACCGCGCCGUCCUCCUCAUCAAGUGCUUCGCCGCCGGCGUCAUCCUCUCCACCUCCCUCGUCCACGUCCUUCCCGAAGCCUUCGACUCCCUCUCCGACUGCUCCGUCGCCACCCGACACCCCUGGAGGGACUUCCCCUUCUCCGGCCUCGUCACCCUCCUCGGCGCCCUCCUCGCGCUCUUCGUCGACCUCACCGCCAGCUCCCACGUGGAGCACGCCCACAGCCCCGAGAAGGCCGCCGGGGCUUACAAGUACAAGCCCCUCGGCCUGGGGCCGGAGGAGCAGGAGAAGAAGCUAUCUCGUGAGCUGGGGACCGUAAUGGAGUCGGGGGAGCUGAGCUGCCAUGCCCAUGACCCGGCCCCGGCCCCGGCGGAGGCGGAGGAGCUCGCGAAGCUGAAGCAGAGGCUGGUGUCUCAGGUGCUGGAGAUUGGGAUCAUAUUCCACUCCGUGAUCAUCGGGGUAACCAUGGGGAUGUCUCAGAAUCAGUGCACCAUUAGACCCCUCGUCGCUGCUCUCGCCUUUCAUCAGAUCUUCGAAGGCAUGGGUCUCGGCGGCUGCAUUGCUCAGGCGAGUUUCAAAUUCGGGACGACGGCCUACAUGUGCUUCAUGUUCUCCGUCACGACUCCGAUGGGCAUAGUGUUGGGCAUGAUUGUGUUCUCGAUCACAGGUUACGACGACAACAACCCGAAUGCCUUGAUCAUGGAAGGUCUGCUGGGAUCCCUCUCUUCCGGCAUACUCAUAUACAUGGCUCUGGUAGAUCUGAUAGCUGUCGAUUUUUUCCAUAACCAGCUUAUGAACUCUAGUCUGUGGCUGAAGAAGGCGUCUUUCAUCGCCCUCACUGUUGGCUCUACGUCUAUGUCCAUCCUUGCCCUCUGGGCUUGAAAGAAGAUCCUAAUCUUGAGUUUGUGCUAGCGUAGCUUACUUGAAAAUGAACAUCUUAAUCCUGUAAAUUCUGGCUCCGGUUAGGGGCGUUCAACGUAGAAAUUAUCAUCUUCAAGACUGCUGUUUAUGCUACUGCCGUAAAGCCUGAAGAUAAAAAAAGUAUAGGAAAGAAUUUUACGCAACGACCAGAAUAUGUGAAACUGGUGUCGAUCAAUGGGCGUAGCGUGGCAUAGCAAUAGCAUGAUAUAAAAGAUGUGGGAAGAAAAGUUGCCUUGUCUUCUUCCAUUGCCAUUA